CUUGUUUUUGCACGUUGUAUGUACAACAUGUUCACAACACACAACAUCAGUGGUGAAACAAAAGCGGGUUAUAAUAUCGUUUGAGUAUUUCUACUUCCGCGGUAAUACAAAACUAAUUACUAGUAAAGUUUCUUAUGUUGUCGUAGAGUACUAAGCAUGAUUAUAUACUUGGCUUUAUGAUCAGAUUAGUCUCUGAAAGUAACUGCAGGUUCUCUACUCGAAAAGUCUCAAUCGAGUCAAGAUGUCGAAAGUUGUAACGGAGAGAGUGCGUGCAAAAUUGGCAGAGAUUCCCAAGGCAAUAGCAAUGUGCUCCAAAGAGGCGUCCAUCUAUUCUCAUUGUGUCAUCACCAAGCAAUCAGUUGCCAAGAAUGACUGUGCCAAAGAGUUCCUGUUGUACAAGACAUGUCUCCAGAAAGCAAUGUCUCAGAUGAAGUUGUGACAUAAAAGAAGGUAUCAACGCAUGAUUCACCGCCUGCCUUGGCAUGAUGUUGGAGACGGAUCAAGAGGAUUGUAAAAAGACAGGACUGCAUUGUCGUUAUUGCAGGAUGAAUUACUAGAAAGAAAUUUGAAACAUGACGCCAUUGGAUAUCAACACUGAAUGGGUCUGUAAGUUCUAAAGACAUGAAAGAAGACUUUUCGCAUCUGUCAAGGAAACUCCUAACUCCAGACGCUAUCAAUGGACUUUGAUAUUUGGCUCAGUCAAUCUGGCAUGGGUGGCGUGUGGAAAACUCAACAUAGUGCGAACCUGUUCUGCAAGUGAUCAUCUGAAGGUUAAACGGUUCAUCGCGUGCAUUGAGUCUGUGCUCUUCCAUAGCGGGGCCAGCUAACCGAAGCGCUGGAGAAAACCAUCGACGCAUCCUUUCGAGCUUUGCUUCAAUACGCACUCAACAUUAGAUACCAAGAACGCAUCACCAGUACUGAACUUUAUCAACGAAGCAAUGUCACAUCGGCAUCAAUGACUCUACACAAGCAACGACUACGACUGAUCGGACACGCAACUAGGCAUGGUACUCCUCUCUUAAUAAUCCUAGACAAGAUGACCCAACCUACAGAACCCUAUCGUAGAGGUGGAGCACUUAUGCACACCUACAAACAGUAACUCUCUGAUGCCCGGGGGAGGGUUGGUAUUGGAACAAAGCAACUUCACCAAGCCACUCAACAUGCCGAACAAUGGAAACGAACAAUUAACGAAACAAACAUAAUUUAGCCACUGAGCAAAGCCUGUGCGCUGUACGCGCAUGGAUGCGCUAUACGCGCACUGACGUCACCAUGAUGACCUGGGGAUGGUUGGUAUAGGAGCAAAGCAACUUCACCAAGCCACUCGACAUGCCGAACAAUAGAAACGAACAAUUAAGGAAAUCGAACAAAAUAUAUCCACUGAGAAUGCCUGUGCGCUUACACGCAUGGAUGCCCUGUACGCGCAAGGACGUCACCAUGAUGAUGAUGGCUCAGUCGAUGGACGAGCUUGUUUCUACUCCAGUCAUCCUUUUGGAAAUUUGGUGAUUGCCUCGUGUAUGGAAUAAAAAAAAACGAUAGUACAGGGAAGAAUGGAGGGGACGAGAAGCAGGGGGCAGACCAGUAAUGAGAUGGACAGAAGACAUAAAGAGGUGGAACGGAUCAGUAGAGAUGCCAGUUAUACCAUGGGGAAUGGCAGAGAUGGUUGGAGAGACAUACAUUGUAGUCAACGACGAUGAGCUCUAUGGCAACGAGUCGGGCAGAUGCUAACUUAUGUGGACGCAGAAGUAAAUUGAUCAGAAUGCUUUCAUGUUCAUGUCCUGUCAUGUAAACUCAAUCAUCCAAGAUGGUGUCACCACAAUCUAGCUGUAUAACACUAGAGGGCGCACUUCUAUUUUACCAAGGACGCAACACUAUUCUCUGCAGCUGAGAUCAGGACAGCCAUGGGAGAUCGUGACUCAGGGCCAACUGACCAAGAAGAAGACAAAAUCGUCUACUGAAGGCAUACUUCGCACCGCCUCUUGGGGUUAGAGUUCCAAGUGACGACAGCCUAUCUUGUUGAUGUCUUACUCCAGGAUCGGAUAACAAAAAAGAUGAGGAGGGUGGAGAGCUCUGACUGUCUCUGCUGAUACAGUUUGUUUCCUUCGGUGGAGCGGACAUCAUGAGUCCCUUUCUACUCCUGGUUCUUGGUGUUUCAGUUAUCCUUGAAUUGACCGAGAGUAAGAUGAUAGUUCAUCACUUCGGACCACCUCCAGAUGGUUAUACUACAGGUCAACACUGGGUCACACAAGUCAUGAAACAGGUACCAAAACAGAAACGAUGUCAAUCGACUCAACAAGUUGGGCCCAUGAAAGGGAAAUUGAGAGAUUGUCAGGCUUUGUUGGAUGCUGGUCACAAACUAGACGGUAUCUACACUAUCUACCCCUACCAGAAUGAUACAGGAAUAAAGGUGUUUUGUGAUAUGAAGAGUGAUACAGGCUGGAUUGUGAUCCAGCGGCGCUAUGAUGGAUCAGUCAAUUUCAAACGCAGUUUGGCAGAUUACAAGGAUGGCUUUGGGUCAAUGAAUGGUGAGUUCUGGCUUGGCAAUGAGAUUCUACAUAAGCUGACUGAUGUUGAAGGGAACUGGACAAUCCGUGUGGAUCUCACCAAUGAAAACAACGCCACUGGCUAUGUGGAAGAGGCACCCUUUGACAUCAAACCAGAUGACUACACCCUGUCUUUUGGGUACUCCAGUACACAACGAACUGAACGCUGGUUUUGUUUGCAGCGUCUUGGAAUGGGAGAUGCUAGCAUUCCCGACCACAGCAUCACAGCAUCAAGUACAAACGGGAAGGUAGAUGGUAAAUGUCAACCAAGUAAUGCACGACUCACUCAAUCAGCAAACAGCAAUACUAUUGGCUGGUGCCCUGAAUCUUAUGACAAUAAUCCAUGGUUACAGAUUGAUCUAGGAAUGAGAGUCUUAGUAGAGGGAAUUAUGAUGCUGCAGGGAUCUGAUCUGGGAACCAGUGUAGAUACGAGUUAUGAGUACAGUGAUGACCAGCGCACUUGGCACAACGUGGAUUCAAAGCAGAUAAUCAGAACGACCAUGUCAAGCUCUGAAGCCACCAGUAUGUUCCAUCCACCAAUCACAGCUCGUUAUAUCCGCAUCGUACUAAGCCAGACUGAUGGUUCUCUAUGGAUACGUGUUGAACUCCUGGGAUGUAAAGUUCAUUGGGUCUGUGCUCAACCACUUGGAAUGGAAGACCUAAGCAUUCGGAGCUCGCAAAUCACAGCCUCAAGUUACAACCAGGACAAACCAAUCAGCUGUAAACCUAGUCAAGGACGUUUGAAUCAUGUCAAUGGUGGAUGGUGUCCAUCACAAGUUGACAAAAGUUCUUCAUGGCUUCAAGUUGACUUACUCAUGGCAACUCCUAUUGAAGGGGUCAUAACUCAAGGGAUAGAUAGCAACACUCUAAACUGGCAUGUAACAUCAUUCCAAGUAGAAUACAGCCUCAACGAGAACACCUGGGACUAUGUAAGUGGCCAUGGAGCACCUACAGGACAACCUCAGACAUUCCGAAGUAACACUGACCAGUCCACACCCGUUACUAACAAAUUUGAGCAGCCAAUCAGAGGACGUUUCAUCCGUAUUAGACCAAUCAGAUACUCGGGAUAUCCAGCGAUGCGUAUUGAACUCAUUGGAUGCAGAAGUGGUAUUCUUCAGACUGCUAACAAUCGAGCCUUCAGCAUUCACCAUCACACAGACGUUAACCAAGAUGAGACAAACUGCCCAGGUCUUAAUACUGAAGGAGGUUGGUGGUUUAAUAGAUGCUCUGGUAUACCUGGUGUAGACAAUAACCUUAAUGCUGAAUACAUCCAACCUGGUGAUACUAUGGGUCCAUACAAACGUGUUAUUAGAGCUAGUGAAUGGAAUGGUUCUCGUAUUGCAAAGACUGAAAUCAAAAUACGCCACCAAUCUCCACCUCGUGGCUAAACAAAGUUUCGAGAUGAAAGAUUCACUUACACUUUGUCCUGGCACUGAAAUUACAUUCAUAAGAGCACACAGUUGGAUUCAAACUGCCUCUAACCUCUAACAUAGGACUCAAACUCCCUCUAGCCACCAGACAAUCUUGGUGGUCUAGUUGGUAUGACGCUGCUCUAGAUACAAAGAACAUGGGUUCGAAUCCCACCCGAGUAAUAUGGCUGUUAUUUUUGUCACAGAACUUGGGUAAGUACUGAGUAUACAGUGCUAACACACAUCGGUGUGUAUGGGUAAAAACCAAAAUGAAUAGCACUCUUGUUUGUAAACAGUAUUCGUCUAAUAGAGUAUCCUUAAAGUAACAUUACAGAAUAGGUUUUAGCUAUUACAAAACAGAUGCUGGCAGUGUAAGCACUUCAUGUAAUCCACCAUAUAAAUCAACUGACAAACCUGUAGAAGUUUGAGAUCACGAGUAAAUAGAGAAAAACCGAUUGCACAUUUUGCAUGACAUCGAUUUAAAAUAAA